AUGACAGGUCAAAUCCCAAAGACCAUGAAGGCCAUCCAGGUCGAUCACACUGGUGGACCUGAAGUAAACAAGCUGGUCGAGAUUCCAGUCCCGGAGCCGAAAGAUAACGAAGUUUUGAUCAAGGUGCACUAUACCGGAGUCAACUUCAUUGAUACUUAUUUCCGAACUGGCCUGUAUCCCAAACCUACACCCUAUAUCGUCGGACAAGAUGCCAUCGGAACCCUGGUCACCCUCCCGACGUCCUACACUCAGCCGGAUCACUAUCCUUCGAACCUUCCACCGUUGAAGGUCGGUACCCGAGUCCUGACUCUCCAGGGACCAUCCUUCGCAGAAUACAUGACAGUACCGCUCAGUAAAGUCGUUGCGUUGCCUGAGAAUGUUGAUCCAAAGGAUGGAGUGGCUCUCGCGACUACCUCUUUCACAUCCUGGGGACUCGUCACUGAGUCUUACAAAGUCAAGAAAGGCGAUUGGGUCUUCAUUCGAGCAGCAUCAGGAGGUGUAGGCACAGUCCUCUGUCAGAUGUGCGCUCAUAUCGGGGCCAACAUCAUUGCUCAGACGUCCACAGAGGAGAAAGCAAAGCUCGCCAAAGAAAACGGAGCGCAGAACGUCCUCUUGUCGACGUUGUCUUCUGAAGAGACGGUCAAAAAGACCAUGGAGCUGACGAAUGGACUUGGGUGUCAAGUCAUCUACGAUGGGAUCGGUAAAGAUACUUUUGAGGAGAACUUUUUACUCGUUCGGAGACUGGGAACUAUCGCCCUGUUUGGAAAUGCGUCGGGACCUCCUCCUUCAUUCUCACCUCUCAAACUCAGUCCCAAGGCUCUGAAAAUCACGAGACCGCAGAUGAAUGCCAUGUUGGAAACUCCUGAAGAGUUCAACGACUUUGCGGGUCACAUUUUUGAGCUCUACUCGAAAGGAGCUGUGAAGGCAUAUAUUCACAAGACAUACCCUUUGACUGCAGAGGCUGUUGCUCAGGCUCAGGUCGACAUCACCUCGAGAGGAACCACGGGUAAAUUGAUCAUUGAGGUGGCACCGUUUUGA